GCCUGAAAGUUCUGCGUUAUUCACAGACCCAGCCCAUAAUCGAUCCUAUAGUCAAUCCUUUCUUCUUUGGGGUUCAAGGGAAUGAGGCGGAGGGUUUUGGGGGAGAAGUAGAAAAAUGGCGGCUGGUUGUGGAAGACGAACUCUACGGUUCUUCGGUGCCUCUGCAGAGGCCAUUUUCCGUUCACCGUCUUCGUGUUCAUCUUCGCUCACUUCACCAGCUUCCAAGCUGGCCGGUAUCACUCCUCCUAAGCCAACCGCUGCUUCUCGAUUUGCUCUCCGCAAGCUCACCUCUUCCAGGCUUCCUGUGGAAUUGGGUGGCAUGCUGUCUUUGGUGCCAUUGCACAGUGCUACAGCAUCUGCUUUGUUCACUUCAUUGCUCUCCUUGCACAAUCAAAGCUGGGGUUGUCUUUCAGAAGGUUUUGCAACACCUCUAUAGCAGGGCCUGCAGGCUUCUCUCCCCGGCAAUGCCCAGGUUUUCAUUAGCAAGGGAUUUUGUUUCUUGGCUUGUUUCCAAUUAAAAUCAGACCUACAUUCAACUUAAGAUGGGAAUAGCUAUAAGUUAUUCCUCUCCCCUUGUUCUUUUACAAGAUGUUUUAACAGUAAUUGCUCUCACAUGAUAUUUGUUGCAUGUCCCAAGAUAAAGAUCUCUAACUUCUUUGAUAAAUUUUCCUUUCAUUAUCAUGGAAGAGAAUUUAAAGGCAGCUGUGCUCCUACCGACUCUCGUGACAAAUUAACAUAAUCUUAAGGAUAAAUUUAUGUGGUAUGU